GGAGCGUCGUAUGUCGACCCGCACGAUGCACGGUCAGCGAUCGAGUGACAGCGCGGGUCUCGUCAGCCGGGCGAUGCGUCGGUUGGUCGGUUCGGCCGCGGUCGUCUGCGCGGCCGAAGGUCGCCGAGGAGGGCCGACGGCAGGCGAGCGCCAAGCUCCAGUAUAGCGGAGCGCUCCGGACGAAACGUAUUCAGUAUAUGUUAAGCAGGCGCGCGCGAUACGAGUUGUCACGUUUACUUUCCGCGAGCGCGCCGCCAUCGCGCAUCGUCGUCGCUGCCGACGACGAUCAACAUCUUUCUUUCUCUCUCUUUCUCUCUUUCUCUCUCUCUCUUCCUCUCUCUCUCUCCCCCUUCCUCGGUAUAUAAUAUAUACAUCGAACGAUAACGUUGCGCAUUACUUUCGCGUAUCUGGACAUGAAAGAAAUUUGAAAAACCAAGUGCGCGCAACGAUAAGCGGAAAAGCGUUCCAUCCUCCUUCUCUUUGGUUUCCGUGACUCGCGGUUUUUAAAAGCCGCGCGUGUUCGAAGGGGGAAAAUGUCGCGACGAAAGUGAAGACUCUGCGUAAGUACUCUCUUGCUCCCUCCUUUUCUUCGUCUUUCCUGCUGCAUUAUUUAUCGUUUCCUCUCUCUCUCUCUCUCUCUCUCUCUCGACUUCUAUCCCGUUUCUCCCUCGCACCUCUACUCCGUUCCACCUCGUACUUCUUCUCCCUCUCCUCGUCUUUUUCGCUCUCUCCUUCUCUCUUCUUCGCACCGACGUCGUCUCGUGGGGUCAGUGUCUGCUCGAUCGGAUCCUGAGCAGGAACAUACCGGCGGACGAGGAGGAAGAGGAGGAGGAGGAGGAGGAGAGGAGGACGAUCUCUUUCCCUCGGCGCGACUCUACCUCGGAGACUGCAACCGUUUGUGACGCGCGCUCGCGCUCGCGCUCGCGCACCACGUCCUUCAAGGAUCAUCGUUUUCGGAGCGCUUCGUUUUUCGCGCCACGCGGUACGCGGCGGCAGAAAUGUGAUGAUGUGACCCGACACGUCGACGGCAACGCAUAUCGCGCGGCACCGUCGCGGAAUCGACAGCGAGCAGAUCGAUUAUUGGCGCCGAUUCGACGCGCGGCUGUCGCCCCAGGAAACUCUCUCGCUCGCACUUUAUCACUGUCCCUCCUCGCGUAGUAUCACUUGCCUUUUUUUUUUCGCUCAUUCCCCUCCCCUCCCGCCUCCUUUUUCUCGGCUAUAUCAUUCCUCGUCUCUCUUCCUCUCCCGCGUGCUCUCGCACGCGCUUUUUCCAUCUUCCAUUACUUCUACGGUUCUGCCUGCCUCUUCCUCUCUCGCACUUCGCUGCCGCCGUAGUCUCGCUCGCUUCGCGCCGCGUAUUUUCUCGCGAGCGAAUGCGAGAAAAAAGAGAGUAGUCAGCAGGCGAUUGAUACCGCGCCGCGCGCGAAAGAGACACGCCACUUUGGUGGAAACGAGAUCGGACUAGCCGUGAGUUUAUGUUUUUGUUUAUCACGGACCGACUGCACCGGUAUAAAACUACACGCUGCACUGCACUGCUGCGCGAGAGGAAGUUGCAAGUGGAACGCCCAUCGGAAGGACGAUUCGUCGCUGGAGGCGUUCGAGAAAGAUCAUUACAUCGUUCAGGAGUCAUGGCCUUCUCUUUGACGAGAACAGAACAAAUUUUGUAGCUUGAACUGAGAACGCUGUGCUGUUUGGAUUUGUGCGAAGAUUACUGGUCUUGGAAAUUUCUUCGAGGAGAAAAGGAAGAAAAGGAAGUCUUUGAAGAAGAGACGCAUAAGAACCCGAAGAAAUAAAAGGCGGAGAUAAACGAUGGACCAUGAGGAAACGUGGUGCCGGCUGGUUGUAGACGAACGGUCGGCCACGCUUGCACCCCAUCGUCGGUCGUCGUUGUUGACGAGUUCCCGGUACGUCCAAUUCCGAAGCAAGCGGCAGGUGUCGCACAUAAUAGCAGACACGAGCUUGAUAGGUGCGAUAAUCGGGGGUGGCUCGGUCGUUGCCGCCGCCGGGCCGGCGAUGCGACGAUGAGCUCGCCGAGGGUGUUGCUACCCCUCCACACCCGACCAAAGCCCCGUGUAAUAGCAAGGCCGGGUAGUCUCGAAAACUGCAUCAAUCAGGCCGAGCGACGAGGAGCGGCAGGCGGUUCAAGGCCGAAACUAUCCGCGUGGCCAUGGACCACGAGACGAGGAACGGAACCGGCAGCAACGACAACGAGGAGUACACCAAUAUUUACUUCAUCGUCGGCGACCGCAGGGAGACGGCCACUUAUAAGGCAAACCAGGUCACGGACAUGGAACUCAAGGAACUCUUUAGAAGCGCGGCAGAGGCUGGUCCUCUGGACAUCGUAAAACUUCGCAAGGGGGACAAGCUCCUCAAUAUUUCAACUCAUCUACCGGCGAACAUGCCCGACACGCCUUAUGUUCUUCAGAUCGUCGGCGCUCAUCCCGCUUCUUCCGGGGUGAUCGAGGCGGAGGUACUUUGGGCUUUAGAGAGGCGCGUGGCGGCUUUAGAGCGGCAACUACGAGAACAUCAGGAAGCUUUAUACGCCACACCCUCUCUCGCUCUACGAGAACUCAAACGCCAAGUGGACAGUUUCAAGAACAAAUUGGAGAACAAUGAUCAGCUGAGCUGGCUUAGUUUCUACAAGCUUCCGGAGCCCAUCUAUAUGGAAUCCUGCCGCAGAUUGCAGUAUCGUCGGAAGAGUGAUAGCAUGAAGCGGAAAGUUCGGGAGAAGUUCCUCAAUAUCUGCGGGAGAGAAAAUAGGCCCGCCAGUAAAGCGAAGAUCAAAGAUGAUACUUCGACCUUUACCGCCCUGUGUGACGUCAAGGUUUCUUUCUCGCACAUGCAAGGCAAAAGUAACGUCGUACAUGUGAGAAAUGUCCUUUACGUCGCUCGUCCGUCCAUCAAAAUGUCUCGUCGAGCUGACUCGCCCGAGGGUGCGUUUGCAAACGCAAUUAAACGCGAACGUGCUCGCGUGGCGAGUAACUAUCGUCUCGCGUAGGACUCUACUCAACUUUCC